AUGUGGAGGUGGAAGACACAUCCCCCAAUCACUGCACCAGCUUCAAGGUUGUCGUGCUGUCACCUCUGUUUGAAGGAAAACCUCUGCUGCAGAGACACAGCUUUCAGCACCCACAGAGCAGUUGUGCCAAUGUGGACGGCAGAGUUUUGA